GCUCGUGGGUUCGGUGUCAAUGUACGUUAUGUGGUGUACGUUGAUGACUGCGCCUUUGAUGGGAGAGUUUGUUGAUACGCCGAAGUACUCGGGGAAGGUCGGACACCACCUGUGCCACAUCCCCAUUAAGAUUCAACGUCUAUUGUUCGCGGGAGGGAAUAAGGAUUUCUUACCUAAAGCGGUUGCCGCCUUCAGUAAAACUAGUGCCUGACAUGGUAGGUUUGCCGCCAUGCAGCUUCGUCAGAUCCCACAGUGCGAACUUGGAACCAUAUGUUGCACCGAUGCUGUAAUGACGAAUGAAUAGAAUCAGCCGCUCAGACAUCAGAUUCGGCAGGAUGGAAGAUGAAAGCAUGAAAGAGACGGUCAUAAAACGGUUACUUACAUAUCUGCCGAGUCUGCUCGCCAAGCAACAGAGGCAGACCAUCUUUUGGAGACGCCACAGACGGCAUCUGAAAGCGCACGGGGCUCGACUAGUUCCACAACGCUUGCGUUCCGCCAACUCGUUUGUUCAUUCGCAGUCGGGUCCGAACGCCAGUCUAUCAGGAAGAUGGAACCUCGGGCAUCGGCCACUAGGAAUUCCUUGCUGGUACUCGGAUGGGACGAGAUGGAAGCUAGAGGAUGAGGAAAAGAAAAGGGAGAACCAGGGGAGCGGAUGGUGAUGGCAGGGUGGAGAUCCCAAAUCAUAAGCACUCUGUCGUCUAACGAUAUGUAAUCAGCACGCAAUGCAGUCCUCAAAACAAUGAAGUGUUUGUUACCAGACACUGUAGCUACAUAUCUUGAACUAUCUUCUGAAUGACCGCCACAGAAUGUCAUAUCGUUG